GGAAAAGCCGCUCCGAAGCUGUUCAACCGACUGCCAUCUCUACAGCUCCAUGUUGAACACCCUCAAGGAGACCCUCAGGCCCUGCACAAAACCACCUUCAUCCCCUCCCGCUUCUCACUCCCAGUCCUCAGUUUCCCACCAAUUCGAUCCCGUAAACCCCAGAAAACCCCCCAAGUCUUCUCUUUCUCAGCAGCUUCAACGCCUCCAAGAUCCCCUUUCUUUGCCCAAAUCACUGCCGCAGAAUCAAGCAAAGCAACCCGCUCACGAUGACCGUGAAGAAGAAAAAGAAGAAGGCGAGGAAGAAGAGGGAGACCGAAAGCAAGAAGGACAAUGGGGAUUCGAAAGACCCAAGUCAGCCUUUCUUCAGUUGGAUCACACAGGACCCUUCCAGCCCUUGGUCUUGUCUCCACCAGGCGAGCAUCCGGUGAUACAGGUGCCGGCAUCAAUCAAUUGUAGGCUUCUUGAACACCAAAGAGAGGGGGUAAAAUUUUUGUAUCGCUUGUACAAGAAUAAUCAUGGCGGUGUUCUUGGAGAUGACAUGGGACUAGGGAAGACUAUCCAAACAAUUGCAUUCCUGGCUGCUGUAUAUAAAAAAGAUGGGGAAUUAGAUGGCUCCACAAUACUGAAAGGAACUCAUGUGGAAAAGAAGGGUCCUGUAUUAAUUGUUUGUCCCACUUCUGUUAUUCACAAUUGGGAGAGUGAAUUCUCCAAGUGGGCAACCUUUAAUGUCUCUGUUUACCAUGGUGCAAACCGCGAUCUGAUUCUUGAGAAACUAGAAGCACGUGGAGUUGAAAUACUUAUAACUAGUUUUGACACAUUUAGAAUUCAUGGCAGCAUUUUGUCGGAGAUUCCGUGGGAGAUCGUGGUAGUUGAUGAGGCUCACCGGCUAAAGAAUGAAAAGUCAAAACUUUAUUUGGCUUGUUCUGAAAUCAGAACACAAAAACGCUUUGGUCUCACUGGAACUAUAAUGCAGAAUAAAAUUAUGGAACUGUUUAAUCUCUUUGAUUGGGUUGCACCUGGAUCCUUGGGAACACGGGAACAUUUCCGAGAGUUUUAUGAUGAACCACUCAAACAUGGUCAGAGAUCAACUGCUCCUCAAAGAUUUGUCCGGGUGGCUGAUGAGAGAAAACAGCACCUAGUGACAGUUCUUCAUAGAUAUCUGUUAAGAAGGACAAAGGAGGAAACUAUUGGACAUCUUAUGAUGGGGAAGGAAGAUAAUGUAGUAUUCUGUGCCAUGAGUGAGUUACAAAGGCGGGUUUAUAGGAGGGUAUUACAACUACCAGACAUCCAGUGCCUUAUAAAUAAGGACCUCCCAUGUAGCUGUGGAAGCCCACUUACUCAGGUGGAAUGUUGUAAAAGAACUGUACCAGAUGGAAUCAUCUGGCCAUACCUUCACAGGGAUAAUCCAGACGGUUGUGACUCAUGCCCCUUUUGUCUUGUUCUUCCUUGCCUUGUAAAGCUCCAGCAGAUAAGUAAUCAUCUAGAGCUGAUUAAACCAAACCCUAGGGAUGAACUAGAUAAACAAAGGAAAGAUGCAGAGUUUGCCUCUAAUGUCUUUGAUAAUGAUAUUGAUUUGGUGGGAGGGAAUGCUCAGAAUGAGAGUUUCAUGGGCCUGAGUGAUGUUAAGCACUGUGGCAAGAUGCGAGUUCUGGAAAAGUUGAUGAUAUCCUGGGCUUCACGAGGUGACAAAAUUCUUCUAUUCAGCUACUCUGUUAGAAUGCUGGAUAUUCUGGAGAAGUUUCUCAUUCGCAGAGGCUAUUGCUUUUCAAGACUGGAUGGUUCCACUCCAACCAGCUUGCGUCAAUCCCUUGUUGAUGACUUCAAUUCAAGUCCAAGCAAACAGGUCUUCCUCAUAUCUACUCGGGCUGGUGGACUUGGUCUCAAUCUUGUUAGUGCAAACCGUGUAGUAAUUUUUGACCCUAACUGGAAUCCUGCUCAGGACUUACAAGCCCAGGACAGGUCUUUUCGUUUUGGGCAGAAGCGUCAUGUUGUUGUUUUUCGCCUUCUUGCUGCUGGUUCCCUUGAAGAAAUUGUUUAUUCACGUCAGGUCUACAAGCAGCAACUAUCAAAUAUAGCUGUUUCUGGAAAAAUGGAAAAACGAUAUUUUGAAGGUGUCCAGGAUUGUAAAGAAUUUCAAGGCGAGCUUUUUGGAAUCUGCAAUCUAUUCCGUGAUAUUUCUGAUAAGCUUUUCACAAGUGAGAUAAUUGAAUUGCAUGGAGAACAAAGACAAGAACAAGAGCAUUCUUAUAGCACAAAGCAGGAUUUGACUGAACUUGGGACCCAUUUUGUUCCUUUGAUGGAAGCAAGUCGAACAUUUUCAUCUCAGUUGGAGAUCAGAAAGCCCAAUGAUACAGACGGUUGUUUGAUCGCGAAGCCUAUGCUUGAAGAUUUGGGCAUCUUAUAUGCUCACCGUAAUGAAGAUAUUGUCAACGCUAGACCAGGAAUUGACAGCAAGAGAGAUGCGAGUUUGCCCCAUGGUGAGAACCCAAGGCAGUUGCCUUUCCCUGCUGUGAAGAGCAGGAAGCCUGACAGAGUUGGCGAGAAAGAGAGUGCUUCAUCCCGGAAGGAUAAGAAAAAGAGCCAAUAUAGCCUGCUUUCUCAGUUCAUGGGUAUGGGAGAGGUUGAGUUUAGCAAGUGGUUACUCUCUGCGACUCCUUUGGAGCGGGAAAAAGUGCUUCGGGACUACAAGAAGCGAAAGGCGAAGAUGCCUAAUGGUUGAAGGGCAGAGCCUUCUCAUCAGAUGUAUAAAAUAAAAUGUAAAUCUGCAGUGUAUAAUAUGAUAUUGUGCCACAAAGAUUAAUCUUCCUUUUUUAACCCCCUUGAAAGUUCUUUAAUGUGCUGCAUUCAAAUGGAAAAUAUUGUAGCAAUUCUUAGAAAAAAAUUAGCAUUUUUUUGGCAAAUUUUUACAGUGUACCCUGCAACCUAUUUGCUUUAUUGGUAAAACAAUGCUCCAUCAGAUUGCUUUUCGUGUUUAUAAA